AUGGCCACCACUGCCAUGGCCUCGUCCCUGAUGGGAACUUCUGGCUGCAUCCCCGAGGAGCCCUCUGCCGCUUCCGUCGCCCCUUCUCUUACCUACUCGGAAGAGUCAGAGGACCAGGAGGAAGAGAUCCAGCCUCCCCGCAGGCGACGCGCUUCUACACGUCUGAUUGCCCAAUCCCCCGCAGACAUCCAGCGCAUCACUGGCGAGUCCACGGCUCAAUUGAUCCAAAGAUGUUGCGGUGGCGGUUGUUGCAUGAAGCUGGGUGCGAAGAAGGACGGUCUGCAGUACGAGGAGAUUCCUUUCCCGGACAAUGACGCAUACAAGUCUCUCGCUCUUAAGAUUGGCGAGAUUCCCACCACGUUGACCAACAUUGCCGACAUGCCCGAGCAGACCGUCUUCUUCGAGCCGGUGCCGAGGCCAACAGCGAACGUGCCCUCCCCGACAGACUCUGCCAUCUCACUAGGAGUUGACUCUCCCAAGGAUGACCUCGCCACUGUCCAGAACAAGCUCAAGGACUUCACCCUCAAUGGCGUCGACACCACCCGAGAGCCGCCCAGAUACGUGCAACCGCACCCUCCCUACCACGUCUACGCUGCUCGCAUCGACUCGACUCGCGAGCUGACCAAGCCCGGCGCCGAGAAGCGCACCUACCACUUCGAUCUCGACAUCACAAGUUAUCCGGGCGAGGAGGAUAUGGACUUCAGAGUUGGCGGUGCCAUCGGUGUUACGGCUCCCAACGACAAGGCUAACGUCGAUGACGUCUUCGACGCCCUCAUGGUCCCCCGGUUCGUCCGGGACAAGCCCGUGCUCAUGAAGACAACACGGGGCCGCUGGCCGACCGUUUGGGGUGACGACCAGGCCCGUGAGAUGGUAACCACCCGCCGGGACCUGCUUACCUGGUGCUCCGACAUCCAGUCCUACCCCCCGACUAAGCAGCUGCUCCGCGUCAUGGCCGAGUACGCCGAGAACACCAACGAGAAGAAGCUGCUCACCUACCUCUGCGCCGCCGAGGGCCAGGGCGUCUUCUGCGACUUCCGCACCGGUCCCCAUGUUUCUCUGUCCCAGAUCCUGAACGCAUUCCCCAGCUCCCACCCACCCUUGGAUCUGUUGCUCUCUGUCCUCCAGCCUUUGAUGCCCCGCUUCUACUCGCUCUCUAACGACCCCCACGACGCCUAUAAGACGCGCGACGGCAAGGCCCACCGGUUGAUCGAGAUUGCCGUCACCGUCCACGAGGACGCCGACUGGCGUCGGGGCAUGCGCACCGGUAUCGGCUCCGGCUUCUUUGAGCGACAGGCGCACAAGUGGCUGGAGGCGAAGAGCAAGGGCGAGACGCCCGAGGUUUACAUCCCCAUGUUCAAGGGCCUCAUGGCCAACCCCCUGGCCAAGCAGUUCGUGUCUGAUGGUCCCAUGCUGCUCAUCGGUGCCGGUGUCGGCAUCGCCCCCUUCAGAGGCUUCGUGCAGCGUCGUCUGAAGACCGCCAACUGUGCGAACAAGGUCUGGGUCCUUCAGGGCAUUCGUGACUCACUCGUGGAUGAGAUCUACAGCGGCGAGUGGGGCGUUCACGAGGACGAGGUCAAGCGUGUCGUCCAGAGCCGUCGUGGUGAGAGUCGUUACGUCCAGGAGGAGGUGCGCAACCAGGCCGACCUGGUCUGGUACAUUGCCAACGCCGUCGACGGCCGUGUCUUCGUGUGCGGCAGCUCCAGGGGUAUGGGCGAGGGCGUCGAGGAGGCGCUUGUCGACGUGGCCAUGCAGAAGGGCAACCUGGAGCGUGAGGAAGCCAAGAAGUACUGGGAGCUGAAGAAGGAGGCCGGCCAGUACAUCGCCGAGACGUGGUAA